AUGACAAGAAAGACCGUGUGCAUACAGAUACCUAGGGACCCAAGAACAGAUGGAAUUUCAUUUAUAACAUCUAUGCCCGAGAUAAUGGCAGAGAAAAUAGAAAGGCAAAAAUGGAAGGAAAUAAUAUCUGGGCUAAACGAUGUACUUUAUGGGCUUGAGUCUCCAUCCCUAGUGUCUUUCAUUAAGACUGUAUCUAUCAUUCCAUUUCUGGUAAGCACUCCUCAAAAUGCUUAUGUAAGGGUUGAGGAAUACCUGUCCGAAGCAAACAAGCUUUUGGAAAGAUAUGGAAUCCGGAUAAUUCAUCCAGGGCAUCACCAAUAUGUCGAGCUUGAAGUUGAAAUAUGCCAAUCCGGGUAG